CACAAGAGCUAUAUAUUAGGACGGAGAGUGUCUGGCUCCGACACUGUCUCGAGCUCAACGUCUUGUAGUGGCCUGACAGGAAUCACCUGAACCAUGACUCCCUUCCUUCUGCUGUUCGUUGCCUUGGCAACAGCGUCUCCCAUGAAGAGGCAGGCGACUAGCGGCCUGGAUACCGACGGAGACGGACUGAUCUCCAAAGAUGAAGUUACCGCCGCCAUGACUCUUCACCAGGCUCUUGUCGCCCUGGACAGGGAUGGCGAUGGCUUCAUCUAUCUGGCGCAGAUCAUUGAACUUUGGGGAAUCGGAGACAAGUUUUACGAACUGAACACCGACGGAGACGACCACCUCACCUUCGACGAGAUUGAAAACGGAAUGACUCUCAGCGACUUCUACGACCAGUUCGACUUCAACGGUGACGGGACUCUGGACGUGGCAGAAGCUUACCAGGUGAACUACAUCUACGACGUUAUCCAGAACCCUGCCAUUAACAACCCUCUGGACUCCAACGGAGACGGCCAACUCUCCAGGCUGGAAAUCACCAGCCACAUCACCUACGACGAGGUGCUGGCCGCCCUGGACGCCGACGGUGACCAACAGCUGAGUGAAACUGAGGCGAACGUGCUGUUUGGUUCCGUGACCGCCCAGUGGAUGGACGAUCAGGACAACAACGACGACGGUUUCGUCGACUUCGACGAGGCGCACAGCCACCGCAUGAACCUGCGCAGGAUCUUCCAAAGACUCGACUUGGACGAUAACAACUACUUGGAUGAUGGGGAAGGUGCCGGAUUCUACGCAGUUUGGACCACCCACCUCGUGAACACCGGUGGCGGCGGUGGCACUGACCCCAUCACUGGCUAAGGGCCUAUCGCAGAUGCACCAGUAGCGGCAGCUAUGGAAAAUAAAGACUAAAAUGACAUAUUACACAAUUACAGUCAACACAAACCAAAUAAAAUUGUUAAAUGACUUCA